AUGACCAGUACAAGCAGUAAUAUCAAUUUAUUGCAUAUAGAUGAAGAUUCUUUAUUGGAUAAUACAACAAACAAUCGGAAAUCUCCUGUAAAGACAUCAAUACCUAUUAAUAUAAUACCGACUAGAUCUGAUGAUGUUAUUUAUUUAAAUCUACAAUCUCAUAAUAACUCAAAAAGAACACUUCGAAAGAAAACAUUAAGUCGUAAUCUUGAUUCAACAGUUCGUCCUCCUUCUCGAUCAUCAACAACUGCAAUAAAUUGUGAUUUAGAAAAAAGUCGUUAUCAUCGUCAUCGUUAUCGUGAUCAUUAUCCUUCUCAAUGUCAACAUAAUAUAAAAGACGAGCAACAAGAACAUGCUAUUGAUGGUUGUGAUAUGCGAAUUUUUAUUAUUCGACAUGGUGAACGUGUCGAUCGAUGUUUUGGUUCAAAUUGGUUUAUGUUAGCAUUUGAUCAUUUUGGUCAAUAUCAUCCAUAUCAUACAAAUCUUCCACCACAUUUACCUGUUCGUUCAAAUCCAUUUUUUUGGGCAUUUGAUACACCAUUAACACGUAAUGGUUUAAAUGCUGCACAAAAUGUUGGCCGAGUUUUAGGAAUAAAUAAAUUUGAACCAACACAUGUUUAUUCAUCACCAGCUAUGCGUUGUAUAUUAACAACAUAUCAAAUAUUAAAAGGUCUUGGAUUAGAAAAUCAAUUACCAAUACGUAUUGAACCUGGUCUAUUAGAAUUAGGUGCUGCAAGAUUUGGUAUGAGUAUAUUUCUUAAAUCAAUUGAUUGGCAUAAAUAUGGAAUUAAUGUUGAUUUAUCUUAUCAACCUAUAAUACCAACUGUACCUCAAACGGAACGUGCAAAUGCAUAUUAUCUACGUUCAAAAUAUGUUAUACGUGAAAUUGAACAACGACAUGAUAAUCAAAAUUCUCCAGCACUUAAUAUACUGAUUGUUGGUCAUGCAACAUCACCAGAUACAUUAACAUGGGAUUUAGUUGGACGACAACCAAAUAUUUAUGAUUUAUUUACAUUAUCAUUAAAUAUAGGUUAUCUUCAAAUGGUUAUAACGGAACGAAAAAAACAAAAUAAACUUUGGUCAUUAACACAAAUGCCCUUACAAGCAACAACACUCAAAUGGGUUUAG